AUGGGCGCCGGCUCGGGGCCCAUCGGAGUUCGGCGAGAUCGCGCGAUAGGGCACGGGAGGCCGAGGCGAGGGUACGAGCAGGUGCGGCUCGGCAACGCGAACUCGACGCGGGGUCCACGACAACCGGAGAAGGCUGGAGGCGGCUACGCACGCGGCGGCGCCAUGGACGGCGGCCGCAAGCUCGUCGGAGCUCGGCCAGAGGGCGCUAGAGGAGGCAGAGAGCUAAGGCGAGGGUACGGGAGAGUUCCUCACCUCCUUGCGAACCUCAGGGUGGCGCUCUUGUUGACAGAGACGGAGAGGAGACAGAGAACGACGGUGGCGGAACCUAGGCUCCGCGGCUACGGCAAUGGCGGCGGCGCUGCUAGGGUUAGGGGUGGCGGCGGAGCUUGGUUAGGGUUCGAAGGGGGCACAGGGGGUUCGGCGUGGCCCUCUUAUAGGCGCGACCAUCCUCGGUUCGCGUGUGGGCGCUCGGAUCGAGCGGUGGCGAUGGCCUCCGCAUCACACGGCGCGGCGGGGAAGAAGGCCGCUCCCGCUGACAAGCAAGGCCCGCGUGGCGGUGAGAAAGCGCGGGCGCAGGGGGCAAGUGGAGCUGGGCCGCGGGGCUGGGCUCGGCCUGCUGCUGCGACGCUGGGCCAGCUGUAG